AUGCCCGACACAACCACCCUCACUAGCCUCCCUUUCGACCGCACACCCUUCGAAUCCCUCCUCAAACGCCGCGUCUUCUUCACCGAAUCCUUCGAGAUCUACCGCAAAGCAACUAAUUUCAACGGCGACAACAAGGGCCUAUACGACUAUGGCCCUCCAGGCUGUGCGUUACAAGCCAACAUCGUAGACGCUUGGCGGAAGCACUUCGUCCUCGAAGAAGACAUGCUCGAGCUGGACUGUACGAUGCUGACUCCCGAAGAGGUUUUCAAGACGAGCGGCCAUGUGGAGAAGUUUGCGGACUGGAUGUGCAAGGAUCCGAUUACAGGUGAUUAUCUGAGGGCGGAUCAUCUGGUUGAGAGUGUGUUGGAGGGGAGGCUAGAUGGGGAUAGACGAGCACGGAGUCUUGCUAUUGAGAAAGAGGAGAAAGCUGGCAGCGACUCCAAGAAGAACAAGCUGAAGGCUAAGGAUGUCGAGGCGAUGCGGUUGGAUGACCCAACAAAGCAGGAGUAUGAAGAAAUAUUAGCCAAGAUCGAUAAUUACGACGGCCCCGAACUUGGCGAGCUGAUCAAGCGGUUAAACAUCCGCAACCCCAACAGCAACAACCCCGUCCUCCCCCCCAUCCCCUUCAACCUCAUGUUCAAGACCUCCAUUGGUCCUAGCGCUGCGGCUUCCGCCUACCUCCGUCCCGAAACCGCCCAAAGCCAAUUCGUAAACUUCCGCAAACUCCUCGAGUACAACCAGAACCAGAUGCCCUUCGCAUCCGCAAGCAUCGGGAAAGCAUUCCGCAACGAAAUCGCGCCGCGCUCCGGCUUACUUCGAGUUCGAGAGUUUCUGCUAGCGGAGAUCGAGCACUUCGUUGAUCCAGACGGUGGGAAGAAGCAUGAAAAGUUCGAGGAAGUGCGGGAGGUGGAGCUGAGGUUGUUGGACCGGGAGACGCAGUUGGCUGGGCAAACCGACCUUCGCAUUAUGAUGAUUGGUGAGGCUGUAAAGCAACGCAUCGUGGAUAACGAGACGCUCGGGUACUUCUUAGCACGUGUUAGACUGUUUCUUCAGAAGCUGGGCGUAAGCAUGGAGAAGUUGAGGUUUCGGCAGCAUCUUGCCAACGAAAUGGCGCACUACGCUACCGACUGCUGGGACGCGGAGCUGCUGACUUCGUAUGGCUGGAUCGAGUGCGUUGGGUGUGCAGAUCGUAGUGUGUACGACCUGACCGUCCACGCAAAGCGGACCGGAGAGGCGCUGGUAGUUCGCGAGCCUCUCGCAGAACCACUGGAAGUCGAGGAGUGGCAGGCCAUGCUGGACAAGAAGAAGCUUGGGCCGAAAUUUCGGAAAGACGCAAAAACCAUUGAAGACGCUAUCGCAGCGCUAUCGCAAACCGCUCUCGAGUCUGCUGCCGCUACCCUCGAAAAAGAAGAGAAAAUCACACUCCGUCUAUCAGACAGCCACUCAGACAUUACCCUCAGUACCGACCUCAUUACCAUCUCUCAAGUCACACGGCUCGAGCACACCCGCGAAUACACCCCCAACGUCAUCGAACCCUCCUUCGGCAUCGGGCGCAUCCUAUACAGCUUGCUCGAACACGUUUACUGGCAUCGCGAAGGCGAUGUCGCGCGUGGUGUCCUCUCCCUCCCUCCCUCCAUCGCCCCCACAAAGGUCCUCCUCGUCCCCCUCUCCGCCCAACCCGCCUUCCUCCCCAUCCUGCGCACUCUUUCCCGGAAACUCCGCGCGCUGGGCAUCUCCAGCCGCAUUGAUGAUAGCUCCGCGACGAUCGGAAAGCGGUACUCGCGCAAUGACGAGCUUGGGACGCCGUUUGGCGUCACGGUAGACUUUGAGUCUGUGAAAGACGGGAGCGUGACGUUGAGGGAGAGAGAUGGUAUGAGACAGGUGCGGUCGUCGCAGGAGGGGGUUGUGGAAGCGAUUGUGAGGCUGGUUGCAGGUUUGGAGACGUGGGAGGAUGUUGAGAGCAGGUUGCCGGCGUUUGGGGUGGAGUGAGUGAAGAAAAUGCUUCCUAUUGACGUAUUGAGGGCGACAUUCGAGGUCCUUCAACGGGCGAUUAAGUUUCGGACGAGAUGUCAAAUCCUGUAGACCGCGAAUUAGGCCGACCUGCUGGCGACCUUCUAACGUUCUAAUUGGCUUAAUGAUCAAUUCGCCGUCCUGUCAUUAGACUAGCAGGCCAAACUAGCUAGGUCAAGGAGCCGGCUCCGUACUCGCUCAUGAGACCAAUCUAAACUAAUGAUAUUCUCAGCAAGCCUCAGAACGAAGUCAAUAAGGUUUGAUCUCUAUUUAGAUGUCGCUAGAAAACUAGAGGUACUUUGAGAUGAUAACUUCCAAGAGCAGGUGUAUAAUCAGAAGAAAAGGAGGUUAGAGCGUAGCAUAAAAUUAUACAUAGCAACGAUUACAACUCUGCAUC